CUAUUAUUACAAUGCUUGCAACUCCUACAUUAAAAUGAACCCAAAUAGAAAAAUUUCAAGACUAGUGUUCGGAGGACUGCUUAGUAAGGCAUGGGUACAAGCGGCUACGACAGAUAACGCAAUAUCAGGGUUCAGAAGCACAGGAAUCAUCCCAUUUAAUACUGAUGCCAUUCCCGAAUAUGCCUUUUUAACAUCAGCUUCAGAUCAACAGGAAAACAACGAGCGACGUGAAAAAAUAUCUACUUCACCUGAGCCAGGUUGUUCGCACUGGCAGGAAAUCCCAAAUCCCUCGGCAGAAGCAACUGCAGAAGUAGAUAACAAUCAGGGAAUUGAACACAUGCAAGCUUCACCACAACUGGGCUGUUUGCAACGGGGAAAAAUCUACAGAAAAACAUUCAUUUCUCAUCGGAGGCAACAGACCUGA